CAUUCCUCUGUGUGGGUGGUCUGGCUGCAGGUAUUUGUGCGGGUCCUCCAUUCCGCUGUGUGGGUGGUGCAGCUGCAGGUAUCUCUGCGGGUCCUGCAUUCUUCUGUGUGGGUGGUGUGGCUGCAGGUAUUUGUGGGGGUCCCGCAUUCCUCUGUGUGGGUGGUGCGGCUGCAGGUAUUUGUGUGGGGGGUCCCACGUUCCUCUGUGUGGGUGGUGCGGCUGCAGGUAUCUGUGCGGGUCCCCCAUUCCUCUGUGUGGGUGGUGCGGCUGCAGGUAUUUGUGUGGGUCCUGCAUUCCUCUGUGUGGGUGGUGCAGCUGCAGGUAUCUGUGAGGGUCCCACAUUCCUCUGUGUGGAUGGUGCAGCUGCAGGUAUCUGUGCAGGUCCCCUAUUCCCCUGUGUGGGAGGUACAUCUGCAGGUAUUUGUGGGGGUCCCGCAUUCCUCUGUGUGGGUGGUGCGGCUGCAGGUAUUUGUGGGGGUCCCAUGUUCCUCUGUGUGGAUGGUGCAGCUGCAGGAAUUUGUGGGGGUCCCGCAUUUCUCUGUGUGGGUGGUACAUCUGCAGGUAUUUGUGGGGGUCCCCCAUUCCUCUGUGUGGGUGGUGCAGCUGCAGGUAUCUGUGCCGAUCCCGAAU